CAAGAUCUGUACUAGCAACAACAAUAAUUCGACAAUGGGUGCAAAUAAUGGUGAGGGUAUCAGUGCAGCCGUUGCAAAAGUUCUUCAGGGCUAUGACUGGACUUUGGUGCCAGUGGCUACCAACGCCCUGGUUAGGUUUCAUCCAUCCACAAGACUGUUCAACCCCUUCGUCAUGAUCUACAGGUUGCUUUCUUUUUUUUGGGCCAGGCGAACGAACCCUUCCAAGUCUCCUGUUUUACUGGGGUUCCGGUGACAAAAGAGCCACUCACGUCAAGAGGCCCAUGAACGCGUUUAUGGUUUGGGCCCAGGCUGCCCGACGGAGACUGGCCGAUCAGUACCCUCAGCUGCACAAUGCUGAAUUAUCCAAGACUCUUGGGAAAUUGUGGCGGCUACUCUCGGACAGCGACAAGAAACCCUUCAUCGAGGAGGCGGACAGACUAAGGCUGAUCCACAAGCGGGAGCAUCCGGACUACAAGUACCAGCCGAGGCGGCGGAAGCAAAACGGUGGCUCCGCCAGGGACGGGUCGCCGUCCAGGAGUCAGAGUAACGUCACCUUCAGCGUGUCCAGGUCUCUCAAGCAGGAGGACAUGAGUCCCAGGGGACUUCAGGGACCCAAUUCGCCUCAGAGCGCUGUCAGCUCGUCGCCACCUACCACACCGAGUCAGGGUCUGUCGCCGCCUACGCCUCCGACCACUCCCAGAGGGCAGCACUAUGCCAUUCAGACCCAGCAGCAUCCGCCGAACAAUCCUCUGUAUCAUCAGGAGAUGAGUACUCCGUCGUCCAGUGAAUCUCCUCAGCAGAGUGGUCUCGAUCUUCGUUACAUCGAGGUCGGCGACGGACUUCCGGUCGAAGAGGCUCAGCUGGGUGGUCUUGGUACCCUUGGUGGAGUAAACUUCAAUUUACCCCUGAAUCUUCAGGAAUGCGCUGUAGAGAGUGACGAGCUGGACCAGUACCUGCCGCCUCCGGUACAUCCGGUUCACCAGUAUCCUCCAGCACCGGCUAACGCCUCGAGCCAGUGGAUACUGAACAGAUACGAAGAGGACACGGAGCGGCCUAGCAAACGUCACUGCGCCGAGCAGCUCCCAGCUGAGCUCUCCUGGGAAGACAGGGCUCAGGAUAUGAUCCAAUAUCAUGAACUUCAACCCCCGUUACCCCCAGUACAGUAUAUAUCUAUUCCACAUCCCCAUGGAACUCAGGUCGGACAUCCGCACGUCUCCACGUCGUAUUCGCAGUACCAUCGCUAUGUACCUGGUAUCGAGUCCUGGCCUAAUUACUUGUAGGACCAAUUGACAGCCGGAACACUAGACUCUUGUAGACACUAAGCCUAGUACUAGAUUUUGAGGUAUUAUGGUGGGACCAACUGAGAGGAGUCAGCGAAGGUCUACCACUGGAAUAUUAUUAAUGAGAAAAGUACAGACGAUAGCCAAAUAUGUUGUAAUUAACGAUCAAUUAGGGUGAUUUAUUGCUGUUGCUAUAUAUAUAUAUAUACAUAUACAUAUAUUAAUAUACAUACGAUUAUGCAACAGUAAUCAAAGGCGCACGUAUAUACGUAUCGAUACAGAUAUCUAGCCAAUACUAUAAGUACUACAAUACUAGCCAAUAUACACGUAACACGGUAUAUGUGCAUUGGGCCUUAGAGAUUGACGCGAGAGUAAGGCCGUACGUUGUCAGUGUACGGUGCUAACUGAUGCUAAUGCUGAAAUAUCUAUAAGCCGUGAGCCGUGAGCCAUCGGGUCCGUGAGCCAUAAGACUCCAUGACAUCAUCAUUCCAUGACAGCCUACCAUUCCAAAGCGAACAAUUUCAAGCCAAACAAACAGCCCUCGCGAUCCAAUAAUAUAAGCUUAUAAACGCUAACCAUAAACCCGCCGCGAUCCUGAGUUUAUUAUACGUUACUGGCCAGGGCCGACGAGUCCAAUUCAAAUAAACCCCGUUCAACUCGAAUAGUCAAGUUGGCACGUACGUAACGCGGGUGGUUCAGACCUAGGACAGCUGAGACAAUCGGAUAUUUUCGAUAUGCAGACAUUCCUGAUAAAUUAGAUUUCUUGUUCGAUGCAUUUUUAACCCUUGACCUGUAUUUUUUUUCUUUACAAUUGACACCACAUUCCAUGACCUUACCCACAGGUGUUGCUACGGCUAAAUUAAGCUAGCUGACUAAUCGUAUUGGUUACAUUUAUACAGAGUAAGGUACGCUAAUUUUAAGGUAUAUAUAUAUAGGUAUUUUGAAAAUCAGUAUAUGAUUUGAUAUACAAUUCCAAAAUCAACGUUAGAUAUGAAUAUGUAGAUUAUAUAUAUAUGGUAGACGUACAAUAUCGAGAGCCGUGCUUUUGUACUUAUAUACAUAAUAUACGUAUAUAUAGAUAUAUAUUUAUUUACAUUAAUAACGUACGGCCAAUUAGCUAGGUAACACCGCGAAGGAACCAGAGAUACGACUAAGUAUCGAUGCGUAGAUCAGAGACAUUUUUUUCAUAAGUUACAUGUAUAUUGUUCUUUUUUUUUUAUAUUAGGAAUAAAGUUUUACGUCGAGCAAUUCAGAAACCAA